UCAUACGCAAUGGAGUUGACGGUACAGCGUCAUGUUAUGCGGUAAAGAUUGGGUAGUAACAAGGAGUCAUGGAAGCUCUAAGGGUGCUGGAGCUUUACAGCGGUAUAGGUGGCAUGCACUACGCGUUAAAAGAAAGUGGAAUAUCUGCCCAGGUGGUGGCCGCUGUUGACAUAAAUACCACAGCCAACAAAAUCUACAAACACAAUUUUCCAGAUACUCCUCUCUGGAACAAGACCAUUGAGGGAAUACCACUUGAUGACUUCAACAAGUUAUGUUUUGAUAUGAUAUUGAUGAGCCCUCCUUGCCAGCCUUUUACCAGGUUAGGACUUCAGGGUGACGUUGCAGACUCUAGAACUAAGAGCUUCCUCUUCGUCCUUGAUCUCCUUCCAAGGCUUUGCAAACUGCCAGAUUACAUCCUGAUGGAAAAUGUCAAAGGUUUUGAGAGCUCCUCAGCCAGGGACCGUUUGGUACAAACACUGAUGGACUGUGGAUACACUUUCCAGGAAUUCAUGAUCUCCCCAACAAGUGUUGGGAUUCCAAAUUCACGACUACGUUAUUUCCUGAUUGCUAAAAUAUGUGCAGAAAACUCAUGCAUCCAGACAGGUGCAAAGGGUUGUGUCUUCUCCCAUGUGCCUAGGAGUCCGUUACCUUCACUGUCCUCUGUCUUGAGAUCUGACAGUCCCUGUACUGGCCAGCCAGCAGAAGAAAAAAAUAGUGCUCAUGUCCUGUAUAAACGGGAGACUCCAUCGGAUGCACAGAGGAAGACUAAUCAGAAUAAAAACCCAUCUGUUCAACAAAUACAAGACUUUUUGCAACCACAGAUGAACGUGGACAUGGAACGUUAUCUCCUUCAGCCUAAAACUCUGUUGCGGUAUGCUUCAAUCUUGGAUAUUGUUCAGCCCCAGAGCAGGAGGUCUGUCUGCUUCACUAAAGGUUAUGGAAGAUAUGUGGAAGGAACCGGAUCAGUGCUACAGUGUUGUAUGGACCACGAGGUUAGUAGUGUGUUUACCAAUCUGGACCAGUUGUCUGAACAGGAGAAGCUCCAGAAACUGUUAAAGUUAAAUCUACGUUAUUUCACUCCCAGAGAAGUAGCAAACUUAAUGGGCUUCCCUCAGAGUUUCUGUUUUCCAGAGGACAUCUCUAUCAUCCAGCAGUACAGAGCUUUGGGAAACAGUCUUAAUAUUUUGGUUGUGGCCACACUUCUACAACUGAUGUGUUCUGAGCAUUUUGGGCACACUGAAGGAGAAGAGCAGUUCUCAGUUUCUUAAAAACUGUAUAUUAAUGCUCCUUGUUCUGUUUGGAUGAACAGUUGUAAGCUUUCAGUACAGGACCUAAUGGAUAUAAAUACUGGUCAAAAACAUGCUGGAAUAUAAUUUAGAUAAAGGGCCCACCUUUUUAAUAAGUACCACCAACCUACUUUAUUUAGUGGUUCUGUUCUGCAGUUACUUUAUUUUGUCUUUGAAUACCUUUACUUUGUAAGCACACAAAAAUGUCUCUGUCCAGAUGAGAGGCAGAAAACACAGACAUUUUCAUGCGGUAUCACAAACAUUAGAGACUUUUAAAGACAGCAUUUUUAAAACCUUUUGAAUUUUGAAUAUUCUCUCUGCAUAGCUAUUUUUUUAUAAUUAGAAGGUUAGCAAAAUCUUGCCAGACCAGAAUUAGCAGAUUUGGCAAAUGCAGCUACAUUGUUGUACGUCAUUCUAGCAUACCGACAAUAGUGUGUAUGUGGCUGUUAUGUUUUCUGAAAGUACCCUUUUUAAGGCGGCAGUUCUUGAUUCUAAACACUAUUCUUGAAUUUGUAAAACUGCUAUUGCUCAUGUCUUUCGAACAGUAAACACCAGUGGCUCACA